UAUUCAAAUCAACUAGUCAAGCCAGAACCAACAGAACAUGAAUGGAAAUAUUCCAUUUUCACAAUCACCGGCAGCAUAUAAUGAGCCACAUCCCUCAAGCACACAGCUAGCCACAGUCCUCUCGAAUGAGAGCAAGUGGCCAACAGAGCAAGCAGAAACCCCUGGCAUCACAUCCAGCAUCCGGAACAAUGCUGACGAGCCACCCAGAUCAAUGUACAAAGGCACAGAUCAGGGUUCCUGUGCGGAAAAUGCAAUCCAACAUCAGGGAGCAGCAGCAGACACAAGGAGGGAGAAGGCUCUGCAGCAGGGAAGGGGGCAGCAAGAACAGUCCGGAAGUGCCAGGGACAGUAUCAGCAGCCUGGUGCUGACAAAUGGGUUACACACAGAGUCUGAGUCUGGAGAACAGAGAGAUUUUGACAGCAAGGGGGAAGCUCUGACACAGACUCAAACCACUCCGAGGACUGGUGCUGCUGCUUUGGAAAAGAACACGGUGCUAUUCAGUGAGACACUCAGCAAUGCAGGGUUGCAUCUACAGCAGGGUGUUGCAGAGCUGUUUGAUCCGGAGGAUGGAGAACAACAGAUAAGCUUCACUGGUGCAGAAUGCAAGCUAAGUUGCAGUGAUGAUGACAGGGAAGAUUUUGCAUUCAAAGACAUCAGGGACGGAUUCAGUUCUACCUUUGAAAAAAUUGUUGAAUCUGACCUCAUGAAGGGUACAUACUAUAGCAGUCUGGAUUCCUUGGAUGUGCUCUCACUGACAGAUGAGACAGACAGCUGUGUUAGCUUUGAAGCUCCACUCACACCUCUUAUUCAGCAAAGAACUAAGGAAAGCUCUGAACUUUUAGAACAGAAACUCCUUGCUCACGGGAAGGAAGUCCUGGAGCCCACAAGAACAGAUAAGCAGGAAGACGCAAUGGCCGGGGCGAUAGAUGGUGACUCUGGGAGCCCCCUGAAGCAUUCCAUCACCAGCAGCCGGUCCGAAAAUGUGCUGAGCAGGGUAUCUCUGAAAAACGUCCCAAAUGGGUACCACAUGGAGAGACCAGAAGAAGAUGCCACAAGGCUUAUUAAUUCAAUCAGUGAUGCCAGCAUAAAAGAUGCCCUUUCUGACUCAGACUCUGAUAUGGGCAGCACAGAACAACUUGACCAGGGAAGCACAGACACCCUUGUCAAUGGCUGCAAGGCAGACAACGCGGCUGCCAAGAGACUGGCCAAACGCCUGUAUCACCUCGAAGGUUUCAAGCACUGUGACGUAGCCCGCCAGCUGGGAAAGAAUAAUGAAUUUAGCAAACUGGUAGCAGAAGAAUAUCUCCGUUUCUUUGACUUCACUGGACUGACCUUGGAUAAAGCACUCAGAACAUUCCUAAAAGCCUUCCCCUUGAUGGGAGAGACACAGGAACGGGAACGGGUCCUCAUCCAUUUCUCACACCGAUAUUGCCAAUGCAACCCAGAAGAGAGCACAUCUGAAGAUGGAAUCCACACACUCACUUGUGCCCUGAUGCUGCUCAACACAGAUCUGCACGGCCAUAAUAUUGGGAAAAAGAUGUCCUGCCAACAGUUUACAGCAAAUCUGGACAGGCUGAAUGAUGGGAAGGAUUUUGCAAAAGAUCUGUUGAAGGCACUGUAUAACUCAAUAAAAAAUGAAAAGCUAGAAUGGGCUAUUGAUGAAGAUGAGCUCAGAAAGUCUUUGUCAGAACUGGUGGAUGAUAAAUUUGGUGCCAGCACAAAGAAAAUGGCAAGGAUAGUUGAUGGCAGCAAUCCAUUCCUGGAUGUCCCCCAGGCCCAGAACGCUGUAACAUACAAGCAUGGCAUCCUCACUCGGAAAACCCAUGCGGACAUGGAUGGGAAGAGAACUCCCAGAGGAAGAAGAGGGUGGAAGAAGUUUUAUGCUGUUCUUAAAGGAACCAUCUUGUAUUUGCAAAAGGAUGAAUACAAACCUGACAAAGAUCUUUCUGAAGUAGAUCUAAAGAAUGCCAUCCGCAUUCACCAUGCCUUAGCCACAAAAGCCUCCGAUUAUAGCAAAAAAUCCAAUGUGCUGAAGCUGAAGACUGCAGACUGGAGAGUGUUCCUCUUCCAAGCACCAAGCAAAGGAGAAAUGCUGUCCUGGAUUCUGAGAAUAAACUUGGUGGCUGCCAUUUUUUCUGCCCCUGCAUUUCCAGCUGCUAUUUGCUCCAUGAAAAAAUUCUGCCGUCCUCUCUUGCCAUCUUCAACAACCAAGCUCUGUCAGGAGGAGCAGCUGCAGUCUCAUGAGAAUAAAAUGAGGCAAGUUGCAGAUGAGUUAACGGAGCAUAAACUACACCCAGUAGUGAAAGGCCUCAAGUCCAAAGAGGCUGAAGAAUAUCGCCUGAAAGAGCAUUACUUAAUAUUUGAGAAAAGCCGCUAUGAGACAUACAUCAAUCUUCUGUGUGCAAAGAUAAAGGCCGGGACAGAUGAUCUGGAAAAAAUAGAAGCCAACCUCUUCACAAUGGAAGCUGAAGACAUCUCCUUGAGGAAGACUUACUCCAGCCCUUCCAUUAGCCAAGGGCAGUUGCCUGUGGCAAACAGCAAAGCAGAGAAAGACAUGACAGACCAGAACACGUCAGGUAACCAAUAGGUUAAAGUAACCAGAAAGUGGUAUCUUGUCCUCCUCAACUGAAACUUAUGAGCACAAUAGUUUCUUGGGUGUGCAUUAAGUACAUAAUGCAAAUACUACAGCAGAAAGAAUUCAAAGAAGCUUCUCUUCUGGUGCUUAAGUAUUCCAGGAUCAUAGACUGUCUGCACUGGUUAUCACUGUCGACAUUUCCCUUUACUGUGCAUGCAAUAAAUGGACAAGUUUUCCAUACAAGGAUUGGGAUGUUCUUUUGCCAGCUGUGUUUCCUUGUAAACAGCUGGAUUUUCCACUGAACAACUGCUGCAGUGCUGUAGCAACAUGGAGACACGACCAAAUCUGUUCCUUUAACUACUUUAACUACUACCAGUGGUGCUGCUGUGCCACAGUCCUUACAAUAUACAAGUCAAUAAAUACUAGGACAGCAGAUAAACAGAAUCAAUGGGCAGCAUUUCUACAGGUAACUGGGUGAACAGUGUACAUGUAAAAUCAAAUGCUAUCACCAGAACUCAAUGAGUGGCCCAUGUAUUGCAAUAACUACAUUAUCUGCUCUACUGCCAAAAUGUACGUACAGUUUUAAAACUUGGUGUCCAAUAUAUAACCUUGUAAAGGUAAGAGUGCCCAAAAGGCGGACAGGAAGAAAAUAACUUUGCUAUACAGGGAUCUUAGCAGUGCUAAGUAACGUUUUGAACAUUUAGUAGCUUAAUGGACAUUUUUCUCUUCUGUAGCUGAAUCCCAGCUGGCUGUGCUGCAGUGCAGGCUCUCCUCUUGCCGCGCACUCAGCCACCGUAAAUAGGGAAUUCUCUCUUGCUUCUUCUCCUGUGCCCCUUCCCUUCUGCUUCUACUUCAUGGGCAUUCAGGCAACUGCAAGCUAAGUGACAUGCGUGGGGAGGGUGGGGGACCGAGCUGCUCAUCACAGAUAGCUGUACAUAUUCCAUUUUGCUGUAAGCAUAAAUAUACUCGCUCAAUGGGAUGUUGUGCUUCUGUUCCUUUCUUGCUGUGGUAGACGUGACUCCGCUGCGUUUUCAAGGCCUUCAGCACUUUAUUUACUGAUUGACUCAUUUUCAUCUUCUUUUCUAGACAUGCUCACAGUUAAUCAAGUUCCAGUUUUAAAGGAUCUUGUGGCUGCUAAUUACAGUAAUUUACAGUUUCUAUUUUUGCAGCUUUUUAAGAUGAAGAUAAUAAAGAGAUUUGUUUGGAUUCUCACAGCUUUUGAGAAUUUAUAAAUUAUUGAGUUUCCAUGUUUCGUACCACUGGGGAAGCCACCAUCCUGUUUUGCCACCCCCUUUUUAAAUCUCUUUGUUUUUGUACAGUUUGAUAGUUUUAUUUGAAAUGAUGAACUAAGAAUCAUGUACAAAUGAUG